AUCUUUAACUAUGCUCGUGUGGUCUGGAUCGUCUUUGCAUCCCAGUGAAGUGCACAUCAGAAACCCGAGCGGACCACACGGCAUAUGUGCAUCUGCUGUGCCUGCAGUCACACACCACCAUCACCCACUGAGCUCCAACUGCACCAGAACAAGUGCAAAGAAACUGAGGCAACUUAGUCCGGCUCCAGGUUUUGGUCGACGGGGACCCUGUGAAAGUGACCCGGGUUUCCUGUGAGCAUCUGUGCUCUACACUUUUGGCUGAGGAAAGUGGACCAGCAGCAGGACCAGACCAUGAAGAAGACUGCCAAUACAGCUCUGAAGAGGUCUUUUGAGGUGGAGGAUGUCGACACUUCAUCUCACUCUUCCCCUGGCUCACGUCGGACCACCAGCUCCCCUCAUCGUAAUGCCAUGUCUCCCACCAGCAUCUACUACCGUGACCUGGGCACGGCUGCCCCGGCCACCAACAACAACAACCUCAAUUACACUCAACCUCGCUCCAUCAUGGGUGGCGGAGGCUCCAAGACUCCUGAGCCCGUUUCCCGCCGGUCUGAACUUUCCAUUGACAUCUCCUCUUCCUCCAGUAAGCAGAUGGAUAACAUGACCAGCCCUGCUUCCACACGCUUUGCGACUAACAGCGCCCUGAAACGCCCUGAAGUGCUGGGCCACUCCAAAACCCCUGAGAUGACCCACAAGAGGGAGGUCACUUUUGCCAAAACACCUACUGAUUCCCCAGUGAUCCGCCGUAAUGAGGGCAACAACAACAACAAUGGGAUCACUCGGACCCCUGAGCAGAAUCACACUCGCAGGUUUGAGCCGCCUAGCCCCGGGGAUGUCCGUAAACCUGAUAUCAGCAUAACCAGGGCCCCUCCAGAGAACAAUGGCCACCAUUCGGCAGUUCACCACCCACACCACCCCAACCCUCACCACAACACCAUCGUCACCACCUUCCGCUGUUCUUCACCCAACCAUGCAGGACGCAAAUCCCCAAACCCUGACAGGUCAGAGGUUAAUCUGAGCCACAGCAACAUGUCUGAAUCCACCAAGCCCCAUCACCCCAACCCACAAGGUAAGGGGGAGAAGAGCCAUGGCAGUGACUUCAGCUAUGUGGGCAUCGACGCCAUCCUAGAGCAGAUGAGGAGGAAGGCCAUGAAGCAGGGCUUUGAGCUCAACAUAAUGGUUGUUGGGCAAAGCGGCCUGGGAAAGUCCACUCUGAUGAACACGCUGUUUAAAUCCAAGGUGAGCCGCAAGUCGGUUCAGCCCAUCCCGGAGGAAAGGAUCCCCAAGACCAUCGAGAUCAAGUCCAUUAGUCACGAUAUUGAAGAGAAAGGCGUGAGGAUGAAGCUGACAGUAAUCGAUACUCCUGGCUUUGGGGAUCAGAUCAACAAUGAAAACUGCUGGCAGCCGAUUAUGAAAUUCAUCAAUGACCAGUAUGAAGCAUAUCUGCAGGAAGAAAUCAACAUCAACCGGAAGAAGAGGAUCCCAGAUUCGAGGGUGCACUGCUGCAUAUACUUCAUACCUCCCACUGGCCACUGUCUGAGGCCCCUGGAUGUGGAGUUCAUGAGACGACUCAGUAAGGUGGUCAACAUCGUACCUGUCAUCGCAAAGGCUGACACACUCACCCUGGAAGAGAGGGACUACUUUAAACAGACGAUUAGGGAAGAGCUACGAGCCAAUGGAAUCGAUGUUUACCCUCAGAAGGAGUUCGACGAGGAUGCAGAUGACAGGCUGAUCAAUGACAAGAUCAGGGAGAUGAUUCCUUUUGCUGUGGUGGGCAGUGACCAGGAGUACCAAGUGAACGGGAAGAGGAUUCUGGGAAGGAAAACAAAAUGGGGAACCAUAGAAGUUGAGAAUAUUGCACACUGUGAGUUCGCCUACCUGCGAGACCUCCUCAUUAGGACGCACAUGCAGAACAUCAAGGACAUCACAGGCAGCAUCCACUACGAGACGUAUCGAGUCCGUCGGUUAAAUGAAUCCAACACCCAUUUCAGCUCUCAGCCCUCUGACCAUCCUCCUGUCCAGCCCAAAGCCAACGGGCAGCUCGAGGUGCAGCCCAGUGCUGUGCAAGCCAACGGCGUGGCUGCUCAGCACGAAGCCCUGUCCCACGAGAUGUAGACCAUCAUGUGAGCAGUCAGACCCCCGAUUUCUGAUACGUGGACAUAACCAUGCACAAACAUACACUCACACAACUAUCCAGUCUACUCCAACAAGCCCACAUGCACUCGAACACAAACCUAUGAUGUGAAGCCUACUGUAUUUUAUUACCUAGUAGGAUGUCUUUGCAAAAAAAAAUAAAACCUACCUAAACCACAGCUUUUAAUUUAUCAGGUAGUUAGAGUCCAGCUUUAAAUGACCAACUUUUUCCUUACAUGGGCUGUUUUCUGAGUCCUUACCAUAUAGCUACUCCUUGUUUGUCUGUAACUGCCCACUGCAGUUUCUAUACAGACCUGUUUACUAUCAGCCACUCUCAGGCCAUAAAACCAACAUACAUCUACGUCUCAUUAAUGAGCUUGGCUGCUUGGUUUAUUUUUAGAGCAUCUGAUGAUUGUCAGGACUGCAGUGGAGUGCAGUUGCCAAGGACAGGAUGUAAGAAAUACAAAAGUAAAAAGAAAAAAAAGACAAGAUUUUAACCAGAUACAGCUAGAAUGAUGGGAUCUUUUUCCAUUAUCUUAGGUGGCAUUAAUCGGCCAUACGGGGGCUUUCCAGAUGAGGAGAAACCGAAUAAUUCAAUAAAGUUUAGAAUAUCAGAAGAUGCUAGAUUAUCUCAGAUAACCAGAACUUUUUACCACUUGCUUGGUCCACUUUGUGUUGUGGUGUAUAGUUUUGUGUAGAUACUAGGAUUAAUUAGGGAUGUGUAGAUUAGGCAUAUAGUAUUAUGGAAGAACAAAAGAUAUUGUUGACACCUCCACUCUGCAUAGUACAAAAAUGACAGCAAUAGCAGCGUGGAGCAGCUUUUAAGAAAGAUGGUUCCUCUUGAUGUUUAAUGAUGUUUUUAAGACCCCUUUUUUUGCCAAACCAGCGUGUCUUUCUAUCUAAUGCAAAUGUUGUGUAACAGUCAUACCUUGCAUUUUACAUUGCUCAUUUACUGUUGUAUUUUUGUUGCUGUUGUUCAUGUUUUAAUAUUAUUGUGUAAGAGACGUUAUGGAGGAAUCUGUGCACCUGUUGUCCCAUGCAGCCCCUUUGUCCAUUUUUAUGACUGUAAACCAAAUAAAAGUUGAUUUUUCUGUUCUAAAGAGAAGCACAUACAGUAUAUAGAUUGAUUUAUGAAUAGGUAUUUAUGUGUAUGUUUAGUGUAAUCGGUUUUAUUCAACUUUCAUUCCAACUGAUUUUCAGAGGUUUGUUGCUGGUCUUAAACAGUGAUGUUUUAGGUCUCGGCCGUGGGUUUUUCUUUUUCUUUUUUAGUUUUUGCUUGUAUUCAUAUCGAUGUAACCUGAUCCAUUCGAUGGUUAGAACAGGGACAUUUACACUGAAAACUGAAUUUGCCAAAGGAGGAUGAUAUUUUACUACAACUCAGAAGGAUUUAUGCCAAACAACCUUAAAUAGUACCCAUACUUAGCACAUAUAUGAUGUCAUUAUUUCAGCAGAAAAAAAUGAAUUGAUAAAAUCCUUAUUUUUUUUUCUUUAAUUUCUUAACAGAAACUUUUCUGUCUCUUCAUGUCAAAAUAUGCAAUAUUUUCAGUACAUGCAAACAAACGAGAUAAUAAAUGCAAAAGGAGAGCAAACUAUUCUUUUCUUGAGAGACUUAUUGGGUUACACUUUGUUUACUGUUGUAUAGGUCUUGUGUAAUUUGUUACAGUAUAAUAGAUUAAGGUUUUAUCUUUGAUAUGUUAUCUCAAAGAAUAAAGAUUGAUAUUUUUAUUGUUUAAA